UUAAUCAAGUCCUACAAACACGCAGCGAUCCGUCGCAAAACCCACCCCAACCUCGAAGAUCGGAAGAGGAGAGAUCCAUCCAACAAUUACGAUGUCGUCGUCCACUAAUAAGAACAGGAAGAUGGUCCGCCUCCACUCGUCGGACGGUGAGGAGUUCGAGGUGGCGGAGGAGGCCAUCGGCGGCGCGUCGGCGAUCAUCAAGGGCAUGCUGGAGGAGGAGGAGGACUCGAUGGUGGCCACCAACAAGGUGAUCCCGCUGCCCGUCACCGGCCCCAUCCUCUCGCGCGUGCUCGAGUACGUCAACCGGCACUCCGACGAGGACGGCGCCCUGUACCGCGACGCCCCCACCGCCGACGACCCCCUGCGGCGCUUCGACGACCAGUUUGUGCAGGUGGACCAGGACACGCUCUUCGACCUCAUGGCGGCGGCCAACUAUCUGGAGAUGCAGGGGCUCCUGGACCUCACAUGCCGGACGGUGGCGGACCAGAUGCUGGGCAAGACCACCGACGAGAUCCGCACGCACUUCUACAUCCACAAUGACUACACCGCCGACGAGGAGGAGGAGCAUACGGAGUGGCAACUGGCUAUGGAGAAGCUGGAACCAGCUGCGAGUGGGCACCUACCAAUGAUGGAGACGAUGGGGGAACGGGGUUCUAUGGAUAGCUCAGACUGUGGCGCCACGUCUGGGUGGUCCAUGGAUGUGCUGCAUGAUAUACUGUCGCGGUUAUCUAUCAGAGAUGUCGUGAGGAUGAGCAUACUCUCUCGUGAAUGGAGACAGCUAAGGAUAUGCCACCCAGACCUGGUGCUCACCCUAGACACCUUCUUAGCCAGGACCCAGGUUUUGGUUGUAGUUGUUACUAACCAGAAAAUUGAGACUACUGAAUUCAUCACCAAUGUGAACAAUCUAUUGCGCCCACUGUGGUCUACUUCUACUACAAGUACCACUACGCUGGAUAAGUUUGUCAUCGAAUUUUGUCUUCGCAGAAAUGACAAGUAUCAUAUUGAUAGAUGGGUUAACUUCGGCACCGCGUCAAGGGCUAAGCACAUUGCUCUAGAUUUCACAGAAUUCACUUACUUCGACUCUUCGUGUUGCAAGAACAUGUAUAUUUUCCCUCUGUGCAAAUUCAGUGGUCAAAACGGCUCUUGUGUCAAGUCUCUUAAUCUGGGCUACGUGCCAAGAUUCACUGAAGCCCAGAGUAGGUUCAGCAACUUGAGGAAUCUGAACAUGAACCUUCUUGAUCACUAUUUUGAUCCAGAGGAUACUAGUUGGGUUUUGGGACUGGUUGAUCUCUUGGAAUUAACACCUCUCUUAGCAGAAAUGGAACUGCAUAUUAUUAAGAAUGGUCCUAGAUGUUGGCUUCCUGAACCGAAGAUGGUGACAGCUGUGCAGGGGCCUCUACAUCGUCACCUCAGAAGUGUCCACAUGUCGGGAAUUUGUCACGUGUUGGGGCUAAUUGAGCUGGCACUCUACAUCCUUGGGAAUGCUACUGUGCUUGAACGUAUGGUAAUAAAUCCAGUGGCACAUCCCAAUAGACUUACCGAUGAUAUCCAUUCAUUCAGCGAGCCUGUUAGUGUUGAUGAAUGGGACAAUUACUACAUCGAUGAGACGAGGGUGAUUGCAAAACAACACCUUGACAGAGAUGAAUUCCGCCAUAUCCUCACAUUUUUAUGAAUAUAAAUAGUGCCAGGCCUGGUGACGCGAUGAUUGAUGGAUCCACUCGGCGUGGUAAUCCAUCGGGAUCUUUUCGUUUUCUCUCGCGAAGCAAUUGUGAACUCCGGACAUUGCUUGCAAUCUGGAUUGUUAUU